AGUGGCACAGAGCCGGCUCCGGUAGAGAAGCGCACCAUGGCCGGCAAGAGAGUCUGCAUUGUAGGCUCUGGCAAUUGGGGCUCAGCCAUUGCCAAGAUUGUGGGCAACAAUGCAGCCCAGCUGGCACGCUUUGACCCACGGGUGACCAUGUGGGUAUUUGAGGAAGAUGUCGGGGGCAGAAAGCUGACCGAGAUCAUCAACACACAGCAUGAGAAUGUCAAAUACCUGCCAGGGCACAAGCUGCCCCCCAAUGUGGUGGCGGUCCCAGAUGUGGUCCGGGCUGCAGCGGAUGCUGACAUCCUGAUCUUUGUAGUGCCCCAUCAGUUCAUCGGCAAGAUCUGUGAUCAGCUCAAGGGCAACCUGAAGGCAGACACCAUUGGCAUAUCUCUUAUCAAGGGAGUGGACGAGGGCCCCAACGGGCUGAAGCUCAUCUCUGAAGUGAUCGCAGAAUGCCUUGGCAUCCCUAUGAGUGUGCUGAUGGGAGCCAACAUCGCCAGCGAGGUGGCUGAUGAGAAGUUCUGUGAGACAACCAUCGGCUGCAAGAACCUGGCUCAGGGACAGCUUCUGAAGGAGCUGAUGCAGACACCGAAUUUCCGCAUCACGGUGGUGCAAGAGGUGGACACAGUAGAGAUCUGCGGGGCCUUAAAGAACAUAGUGGCUGUAGGCGCCGGCUUCUGUGAUGGCCUGGGCUUCGGCGACAACACCAAGGCAGCGGUGAUCCGACUGGGGCUCAUGGAGAUGAUCGCGUUUGCCAAGCUCUUCUGCAGUGGCCCUGUGUCCUCUACGACCUUCCUGGAGAGCUGCGGUGUUGCUGACCUCAUCACUACCUGCUAUGGAGGGCGGAACCGCAAGGUGGCCGAGGCCUUCGCCAAAACAGGAAAGUCCAUCGAGCAACUGGAGAAAGAGAUGCUGAACGGGCAGAAACUGCAGGGGCCCCAGACAGCCCGGGAGCUACACAGCAUCCUCCAGCACAGGGGUCUGGUAGACAAGUUUCCUCUGUUCAUGGCUGUGUACAGGGUGUGCUAUGAGGGCCAGCCUGUGGGUGAAUUCAUACGCUGCCUGCAGAAUCACCCAGAACAUAAGUGAGCAGGGCCAGGGACCAGGCCAGCAAACUUCUCCACCCCAAUGGAGACAGGCAGAAGCUUGGGGUGCCUGGCCACUAGGAUCUCCAAGAUUCCCCAUGAAGCAGACUCUUCUUAACUUUUCACUGGCGGACCGAAGGCAGAAGGGCCCACCUUCCUGUCUGGAAAUCCUGAAACACCAAGAGGCCUGCAGCGGCUUGCCAUCACAUCUCACCUGAAAUGGAGUUGUCUUGUCCCUCUCCAGAUGUAGGGCUUUCUUUCUGUCCUGUGGGAGGGGUAGAAUCAAAUCCCAGCACUGCUUUGGGUGUGUGUGUUUAAGGAGGGUGGAAGGAGAGGGCGGCAAGGUAAGGACCACCCACUGCUGGCUCCCAGGCCAGGAGUCCUGUCCCCCAGCCCACUUAAAGGACUAAAGGACCCCAGCCACUAGAGGGCAAAGCAAGGGCUGCCAGGGAGGGACCUGGGCUUUUGGGCUGACAUAGGCCCCAGGGAUCCCUUUGCUCUGACCUCUGCCAGACCCCACACAGCAUCAAUGGAUCUCAGUGUUUGUUAACAAAAUACAAAGAUCUCAAACAACUGCCUUCUCCUAGCAACAUCUGCGUCCUCAAAAACCUCUGGUCAUCCCCUUUCCCCCUCCCCCAGGCUGUCCUGGCACUAGCGUCGCUGCCAGGUUGGCAUCUCUGGCCCUGGGGCUUGCCAUUCUCCCCAGGGACUUCCUAGUUCCUAGUUCUUUGCCAGGUCCUCUUACUCUGCUUGACCUUUCAAAGUCUUCUCUCACCCUCCCCACUAGCACCCUCCUAGGGGAGCAGGAACUUAAUCUGCUGACAGAGCUACACCUUUUCAUAGCAGGCUCAGAUCAGUCUGCUCCCUGUGACCUUUGUAUUUGCCCUUUUUCCCUUGUAAGUGUGUGUGUGUGUUAGAAGGCGAGAGAAUUGGGUGCUCCCCCAGAAUAUCCUUGGCUUCACCCCUUUCCUCUUUCCAAACCCUGUACCUCUUUCUCAGCUGCCCCCAGAGCAACCAAGGCAGCUAACCAGCACCUGCAUGUGGAGCCAAAGGGGCUAGAGAAUGGCCCAGAGGGUGAUUGUGGGUAAGUCCCCAUAUUAGUGGA